AUGGCCACCGAAGCCCUUCUCCCCAUCGGCGCUGCCUACUCCGGCGCCACCCAGAGUGACCUCGACCGUGCCAAAGCGCAAGCGGGCGAAAAGUACUUCCCCACCGUCUUCAACCCUGCCACGGUCCACAAGAAGGGUCGUGCAGUUGUCGGUAAAGGCCGUGCCUCUCUCACCAAAAAUGGUUCCAAAGAUGGUUUCGAACUAUACUACGAGGUGCACGGCAAAGGACCCAUCAAAGUCGUCUUUGUCAUGGGUCUCAACAACUCUUGCUUUGGCUGGUUGCCACAAGUCGAGCACCUCUGCAAGGAUGAACGCUACUCUUGCCUUGUGUACGACAACCGAGGUGUCAGCAACUCCGAGACCCCAGCUGGGUGGUACAAGACCUCCGACAUGGCUGAGGAUGCCUUCGACCUUCUCGAAUCCCUUGGCUGGAUCCAGCCCGGCAAACGCAGCGUCCACGUCGCUGGUGUAUCCAUGGGCGGCAUGAUCGGGCUCGAAAUGGCACGACAGCGACCAGAAGUCAUCAUCUCACUCUCCCUCAUCUCCACUGCCCCCGGUCGACGAUUCCGCACUCCCACCUACGGACUUACCUCCCUCAUCCGAGUCCUCGGUGGCCGAACUCUAGGCUUCGAUAGCGAACAAUACCGUCUCAAUCGACUCAUCACUACCCUCUUCCCCAAAUCAUGGCUCGCCGAGAAAUCCCCCAAGGACACCUCACCAGGACGCACAAACCAAGAGGUGCUCUACGACAUGUUCAAAUGGCGCUACGCCUUCACCACUCGCCAAUCCCUCCAUGGAGCAGUGAGCCAAAUCAAGGCGGCUCUGACACAUUACAUCCCCAACGCCGAUCUUGAGCGCAUCAACCGUUCCGUUGCCAAAAUCUGCAUCUUGACUGGUGACACGGACUACUUGGUGGAUCCUCGCAACUCGGAGUAUUUGAGCAUCAAGUUGACCAAGGCCGAGUAUCAUAAGUUUGAGAAUGCGGGUCAUGCACUGGGUAAUCAGAUUGCGGAUAAGGUCAGCGAGAUUUUGGAGAAGGUCAUUGCUGAGGGAAUCGCUGUUGUCGAGAAGGGAGUUUGA